CGGCUUUCAUGUAUCACUGAAGACAGGCCAUCAAAUACCAGGUGGAUGAUGCUGAAGAUUUGGAGGAAAAAAUGGACACCUAGGCAACCAUGAGGGACCAGAGGAUUUAGAGUCAAACACCCUUGGAUGGCCUUCAGAAUGGAACAGAGUAAAUGCCAGAAGUUGAGUGUCUUCCAAACCCUAUUGACAAGAAAGUCUUCCACAGGAACCCAAACACAGAUUGUGAGAAGUGUCAGAACUCCUUCAUUGACAACAGUGCUGUUCAUGGACCCCCUACAUUUGUGAAGUACACUGCAAUGCACAAGAUCACCAAGGGGAGAAACUGCUAUGAGUAUGUGGAUGAGAAGGAUGAAUCUCAGAGCAAUUGGAUGAGCAGAACCAAAGCCAGAGAUUCAUCCAUGUCCAUCAUGCUCUCUGGCCUUCUCCACUCAGAAAUUCCUCAGUCAACAUGUAGAAUGCACGCACUCCUCUCAGAUCUCCCUGGGAACAUCUGGAAGAAAAUACCUCCAACCAGACACUCCCUGCCCCAAGGAUGAGAAUCAGGAGCCCCAACAUUCUGAUCCUCACAGCUGGAAUAACAAAACCAAAGGUCAAGAAGU